AUGGCAGCGUCAAAUGUUUUUAGCGCCGAACAAAUUGCUGACAUUAUAAUGGAACAACCAUCAACUGACGAGAGUGCUGAAGAAUCUUCAGAUACCACCACCAUUAUUGAAGAUGAACUUUCUGAUUCCGAUUUUGGAAACCCUAUGGUCUCCUCAGACUCAAAAUCUUCAAGUGAUGGUGAAAUGAAAACAACCCCCUGUGCACCAACAAGAGCUCUUGCAGGUGGUGACCCCAGGCCAUUGUUAGAGGCUCUGGCGAAUGGUGGUUUUGACGCUGACAUUGAAAGUAAUGAUAUAGAUCAUGUAUUGGAACAAGAAGGUAAAAAGAUAGGUACAGAAAUAACAGAGAAUGACUUUGUUAAGACUUUAUCUAAAAAGAUCCAAGGUACACUAACACUAACAUCAGAUGAAAUUGAAGACACAACUGAAGCUUAUAAAACUGCUACUAUUGCUCAGAAGAUAUUAAGAUAUCCAAAAGAAACAGCUGGAGUGGUAACAGAUAAAGCUUUAGAAUAUUUAUCAAAGGAAGGAAUGAAAUGGGUAGUCUCAUUCAUUCCAACAAACCAGAUCUAUCUAUUAAUAUUACUAUUUAUUUAUAGUUAUAUUACACCCAAGUUUAUUUUCUUUGUUAUUCCUUUGUUUAUAUUUUUCUUAUCUUAUGCUUCCCUGGUUAUAUCAUCCAUGCAAAUGUUCUACAAACGUCGGAAACAGUCUGAUGCUGCCAAUUUGGCUGGUUUGCUGAAGGAAUAUGAUAUGACCAUUGACAUAGAAAAAACUGAAUCACAGUAUUCUUGGAAUUCUUUGACACCAUAUUUUGUAUUUUUUGCAAAUCUGCCUGUGGGUAUUGCUAGUUUUUCAUUGGCUAAUAAGGCUUAUAUCCCAGUUUCAGAACUAUGUGUUAUUGCAUUGUUUAUGGCAGUGUUUUGCUUCAUUGGUUUAGGAGAUAGUCACGAUAAAAUCACAUUUUUUACCCUCUUUGCUAAUGUAUUGGCCUCGUUACCAAUAUUCUUUGAAAAUUUUCCCAAUAUCCCAAUAAUUAAAUGGUUUGUGUAUCUAAUUUCCAAACCAUUAUUUAGAGUAGAUUUAUCUUAUGGAUUCUUUGUGAAUAUCAGUUUACCUUCAAUAGCUUACCUCAUUAUACCAGUUUUCUUUAUCAAAAUGAGUAUGUCUCAUUCUUGGCAAGGAACCUACAGAGUCUUGAUUCCCCAUCUUGUCUGUUACUUUUGGUGGUCUAUUAUGACAUCCUUUUUCCCGUUUACGACUUGGUUUGGACUGGCUCGAGCAACUGUUGGCUAUCUUUUGAUGCCAAUUAUUUUGCCUCUCAGUUUAGGUGCUGUUAUAAUUUUUUUUCUUUACGCUCUUAUCAAACUGGUCCAAACUGAAUUAUUUGGAAAACUUCUGGUCACACUUGGCUUACUUUUGAUACCAAUUGCUUUGACCCAAACUAAGGCUGUGUUUGGUAAAUCUGCUGACAAAAAAUAUGCCACUGUCAAAAAAGUGAUUAUGGUUUCAUUCAGUUUGUUGGCCAUCCUGCCAUUGUUGUUUGUCCGUCUGCCAGCCUUGCAACCAGACACAUCACCUGCUUUAAGCUGGGAAAGUUAUCGCACACUCUGUAUUCCAAUUGGACCAGUCAACAUUGCAGGUAUGCAGCUUAGAUGUGAACAUUUCUCUGGGACAAAAGUCAGUUGGGAAGGUGAAGUUGUAAAUACUCAGAUUGCCAAAGUUGAAAAUAUUGCCAACUCAGUUCUAAAAAAUCUACCCAAUAUCAUAGCUGAUCCUUUAAAAUGUAUUUAUGGUACACACUUUCCAGAGUGUAAUGAAACAACAUCAAGUCAUGAAGAUUUUGUUUUUUGUCAAUCUAUAAAGAAAUUAGGGAAAACAUGUCAUGUAGGAGAACAUGCUACAUAUAUAUUUACCCUGACCGUUAAAAUCGAUCAAGUCAAUUUGAACAUAGAGGCGGGCAAUGAGUUUAAGGAUAUUAUUUUGUCCUUAAAUCCUGCAAUACCAGUGUCCUUUAAUGCUACUUUAAAUGGUGGUUUAGGCACUGGCGCUCCAUCUUUGAAACUCUUGUCUCUGAAAUCUCUAGAUGAGAAUUUGACUCUGAUGAUGGCAGUUGAAGAAGAGGAUGGAUUCUAUUAUCGUGCAAUACAUGAGGCAUUGUCUUUCACUUUUAAUUUUAUUUGGUUCCCUAUUAUGGAAUAUGUUGUCUAA